GCGGGGGACCGACCGCCGCGCAGCCCAGGCCGCCGCGCGCACACACCGGGCCCGGCUCCCGAGGGCGCCAGCGCGGCCCCGGGGAGCGCGAGGAGCCGGCGAAGCGCGCGGCCUGCCGUUGGCGGCCUGGUCCGCAGCGCUCUGCGCCCACCCGCCCCGGACGUGGGGCCCAAGCCCCCGUGAAGAUGGUGUCCUGGAUGAUCUCCAGAGCCGUGGUGCUGGUGUUUGGAAUGCUUUAUCCUGCAUAUUAUUCAUACAAAGCUGUGAAAACAAAAAACGUGAAGGAAUAUGUUCGAUGGAUGAUGUACUGGAUUGUUUUUGCUCUCUAUACUGUGAUUGAAACAGUAGCCGAUCAAACAGUUGCUUGGUUUCCCCUGUACUAUGAGCUGAAGAUUGCUUUUGUCAUAUGGCUGCUUUCUCCCUAUACCAAAGGAGCAAGUUUAAUAUAUAGAAAAUUCCUUCAUCCACUUCUUUCUUCAAAGGAAAGGGAGAUUGAUGAUUAUAUUGUACAAGCGAAGGAACGAGGCUAUGAAACCAUGCUAAACUUUGGACGGCAAGGUUUAAACCUUGCAGCUACUGCUGCUGUUACUGCAGCAGUAAAGAGCCAAGGAGCAAUAACUGAACGUUUAAGAAGCUUCAGUAUGCAUGAUUUAACAACUAUCCAAGGUGAUGAGCCUGUGGGACAAAGACCAUACCAACCUCUACCAGAAGCAAAAAAGAAAAGUAAACCAGCCCCCAGUGAAUCAGCAGGUUAUGGAAUUCCACUGAAAGACGGAGAUGAGAAAACAGAUGAAGAAGCAGAGGGGCCAUAUUCAGAUGAUGAGAUGUUAACACACAAAGGGCUUCGAAGAUCCCAAAGCAUGAAAUCUGUGAAAACCACCAAAGGCCGCAAAGAGGUGCGGUACGGGUCACUAAAAUACAAAGUGAAGAAACGACCACAAGUGUAUUUUUAGUCAUCUACACAUCAAAUAUCCCAAGACAGAUUAUGCUAAAUACAUCAGCUUCAUCUUCUAACAUGAUAUAUUCAGGAUUUACACAUUAAAAUGAUUAUUUAAAUUGUGGCAGUGACGGGGUUUACUUUCAUAAAUUUAAAUUUUUAUUUCUGUAACAAUUUCCUCCAAAUAUUGACUACUAAAGGCAGUUCUGUAAAAUGUACUAAUAUGUAUAUUAGAAAUUAUAGAAAAUCAUGUUGUCCGUUUUCAAAUUCAUCAACAGCCUAGAGUGCCUGAGAUAUAAGAUGAAACACAAAUCCACAGUAUACUUGAAAGGAGCCUUUUUACGGUUCAGGAUAAAUCAGCCUUUGUAAUGUACUGUGUUUACCUCCUUUUGUGUUGUAUCUGGUAAUUAAAUAGGCCUCAGAUCCAGCAGUGACAUAACAAGGACAUAAUGUAAGAUAAUAAAGUAGGUUUUAUGUAUUCUUUAAAUUUUUACUUAUAUAAUACUUUCUAGUUUUUCCACCAUCAGCUGAAAGUUUUUGAAACAAAUAUUUGAAAACCAGGUAUCCACACAUAGCACUUUUAUUCCUGACUAGUUUUGCACACUUGAAAAUUGUUUACUUAUUUUACAACUGUUUUACUGAUGCUAUCUUUAUUGUUUUUGCCGUAUUCUGACAUGUCAAAUCUAUGCCUUGAAUUAUAUCAUCUCUUUUCCUGUGGGUUUCAUUUGUUAAAUUAAUUGGAUUUUAAUAAUAUAAAAGUAUAGCUAAUUGUUCAGUUUUAACUUUUUAAUUAUCUUCUUAACAAAUAAGUUGCUUUAAACAUUAACCAAUUUUCUAUAUUUAGCUAUACAGAGUAGUUGAACUUAACAUGUUUUUGUCAACACCAAUUACAUUUUCAGCUUUUAAAAAUGGUAGCUUUUGUGAAAUAGAAUCAGUGACCAGUAUAGCACUUAGAUCCCUUCUAACUCAUAUAAUUUUUCUCAGCCAAUCCAUUCAUAAGCUUGGCAUUGAUAUGUGCUGCUAGUUUAUAAACUGGCAUUGACGAAAAUCAUUUGAAUCUCUUCUGGCUGAGAUAAUUUGCCAAUGCAAAAUACAGUUGUCAUUAAUCCUGCACAUUAGAAAUUAUUAGAAACAUAUUACUUUUUAACUUUAAAAUCUCAAAGAGAUUUUGAGUUAUUGAAUUCUUAAGGCUUUCUUAGCUUGAACUGAUAACUAUGCAUUAUGAACCCUAAGUCAAUAUAUUUUUGGUGGUUUUAGUGAUCAGUAAUCAAAUUUGUACUUAUUAUGCUUGUUCAGGUAAUUUACUUGACUGUUCUAUUUGUUUGUCCAAAAGAUAAAAUGAUGAGAGAGAUUUGAGAGGUCUUUGAUCUGUCUCCCUUUUAAGAAAUGAAGCCAGCUGGUAAUGUAUAUUCAGGACUUCCUCAGAGUAUUGGCCAAGAACAUAAUGUUUACACAGGAGUACCUUGAUAUAAUGCAUACAUUGUCUCAUGAUAAUAGUCAUAAAAUAUUUUAUGGAUUAUUUCACAUUCUUCAUAUAUAACAAGUAAAAUUCAUUCAGUUUUCUUCUCCCAACGUUUAAUUCUGAAUAACUCUAUCUACUUUACCCUAAUUUUUAGCCUCUUAAUUUCUGGAAGGACUCUAAUUUCUAUUCCAAAUUCCUAUGAAUUCUAAUUGUAAAUUAUCGGAAGAGAGUUUUAUUUAUAUGACCUGGUACUAGACUUCUUAAUAUAACUGUUACACUGUCCUUGUCUUUCCUACUCAAAGACAGUAUCAUCUGAAGUUGCCUAAUAAGGUCAUGUGAGUCAAGAACUUUAUCUGUGGGAGCUGAUUUGCACCAUUUUACCAUAUAUAUAUAUAUUAUAUAUAUAUAUAUAUAUAUAUAUAUUUUUUUUUUUCCUGAGACGGAGUCUUGCUCUGUCGCCAGGCUGGAGUGCAGUGGCACCAUCUCGGCUCACUGCAACCUCUGCCUCCCGGGUUCGAGCGAUUCUCCUGCCUCGGCCUCCCGAUUAACUGGGUCUACAGGCCCGUGCUACCACGCCCAGCUAAUUUUUGUCUUUUUAGUAGAGACAGGGUUUAACCAUGUUGCCCAGGAUGGUCUCCAUCUCUUGACCUCGUGAUCCGCCCGCCUCGGCCUCCCAAACUUCUGGGAUUACAGGCGUGAGCCACCGCGCCCAGCCACCAUUUUAUCUCUUUAAAGUCUGGUCCCAGUAUUAAACCUAUUCUUUAGUAAACUCAUAUUACUGUUCUAAAUUGAAGAAAUUAUUUAUUACUCUGUACUUCUAGAAUCAAAAUUCUUUAUCAAAGAUAGUCUCAAAGAGGUAGUACAAAUCCUGUUUAACUACACUUUUUCACAUUCACAGUGCUUCCUCUGAUAUCUUUCCUUACAUCAUUAUACACUGUUGAUAUCAUUUUACUCUUCUUUCUCUUCUACAUUUCUUAAAUUUUGGUUCUUUUCCUGUACAUGUGUUUUUAGCGGAGCCCUUUUCUUUGAACUUUGUCUAAUUAGCCUGUACAUUUUUGUUUCUUUUAAGGUAGAACAGAUCUUUUUUUGUUUCUCCUUUUAAGUCUACUGGUUUUAAAAGAGGUAAAUGUAUCCAUAGACCACAGUGCCUUGCUUUUUCCUCUGCCAGCACAUGGAGCACGGGAUUAGAUGCACAAACCUAUUUAGGGAACUAUUUUGGUAGAUGUUUGAGUUUAUACAGAAAUUGCAGCUGGUAUUUUAUUUUGCUCUACAUUUACUCAACUUGUCCAUUAGUAUUUAACUAUUUCCAGAGUUUGUUUAGGAGUAAGAAUUGACCCAUUCUUUAGUUUACCAUAUUUUUUCCUGGUAUAAAAAGGAGCCAGAAAUAAGCCUUAUUGCUAAAUAAUUAAUUAUGUAAGCCCACCUAGGCCCUGCAUAAGAUCCCCCUCACAUACUUCACAAUAUAUAUAUAUAUGUGUGUGUGUGUGUGUGUGUGUGUAUUUGGCUAAAAAAUUAUACUGCCAAAAUUACUGAUUAUAAAUACUUGACUACACUGAUUGAUGGGACAAAAUGAUUAAAGUAUUUUCAGGGAUCUUAUUCCAUAUGUCACCACCAAAGAUUUCUACAGUGUUAUAAAGUAUAUAAAUAUUCCAAAUUUCUGUGGUUAAAUAUUUUUUCUUUUUUUUCCUUUUUUAGAAUAACACAGUCUGCGCUUUCCAAAAAUGCUUGAACUUUUAUGUUGUUAAGAAAUAUAUAAUGAUAUCUUACAUUAAGCAUGAGUCUAAUUUGUAUUUUUAAUUGGGAUGGACUAAAUUUUCAUUUGAUUAUCAGGAAAAUUAAGGAGUUAUAUAUUUAAAAGCAAUGUUCUGUGUUUUCUUCUUUGUAAGUUGACUCAUUUGUGAAGCAAUUAGGCAAAUUUUGAGAAGAUCAUUGUUAUUGUGGUUUGCAGUAUAUAUUUCUUAGUAAAUAUCACUUAAGAUUAAAUUUUUCAGAAAGAAAAUUAUAGCUUUUUUCCCAAAAUAUUUUUAAGAUUUAAUCUUUUUGUAGUAUGCUACAGAUUUAAUGUAUAUUAACUCUUUUUUAAGACAUUGACCAUGACUUAACAUUUUGUCUUCUAACACCUUUUAAAUCUAUGUACUUUAAUAGUUAAGAGAAAAUAAGUUUGCAGAUUUUUAAUAAUCUGUUUGUAAAGGCUAUCUCUAAGCCUAGUAUGUGGGUAAUUUUACAGGUGUGUUUUUUGAUAACUUUAAUAUAAAAUAAACUCAUUUUAUUUGUGGCAA